UUUACAGCUAGAAACUGAUUAGUGCACGUGAAAAGAAUAUCUUCCGUACAUAACCUGAAGGAUAAAUACACCUUUUUUUAAAGUACACAGGAUAGUUUCCGCCCAUCCCUGCUCAUCUAAUUAUUAUUUCAAUAUACUUCCGGAUGCUAUCGAUUUUAUCCUGUCAGUAUUGGAUAUGUAUGCAAUCGGGCUGCAAAACUAGCACAGCAUAGAAGUGACUGUUCACCGGUUUACUAUCGUUAUGCCAGCGAUAACGGUGUUAGGCUUUUUAUUUUUCCGUUUAUAUUUUUAAGAUUCCGAACAAAGCCACGGCAUUUUCCCAUCCUGAUGUCAUGACUUAGGGUACGGAAAGAAGAAAAAAACAACAUAUGUUCAUCAGAGAGAUGGAUUACAGUUUAGACUUUCAGAAUACACAUUAUCCACUCUCACUCGACAUAAAAGUACCAGAAUAUGCCCUCAAAAGACGAUUUGGGAUUUCUUUUUGCUCCAGUACAUCAUACUUCGUAGAGCCGCGUUUCAAGAGACGUGGAGCGGUCUCGUAUGAGAGCAAUGACAACAAUGCCAUCUAUAUACGGAUGUUGGGUGAUACACAUGGCAGCCCUGCUGUUGUUGACAGUGGACAGUGUACUAGUGAUUUAGAUCAACAAAUGCUAGAAUCUUUAAAAAUAACUGGACGUAAGCUGAGUUAUCGUUCUCGAUGCAUGAGUUUAUGUCGGCCUAACAGACGGUUUCACAAAAAUCUUCCUUCUGAUGUUUGUGCUUCUUCCAAUAGUAAACUCUUAGCAAACAUUGGAACAUGGAACUUUAACAUAUUUACAUUUGAUAUUCUUUCAUCUGGUCGACCUCUGUUCCAGGUUGCCUAUCACUUGUUUGAAACAUACCAUUUUAUCAGCCACUUCCAGCUUGAUGUUCUUCGUCUCAUACACUUUUUAUCUCUUGUAGAAGACAACUACCAUGAAAGCAAUCCCUAUCAUAAUGCUGUCCAUGCUGCUGAUGUCACCCAGUCUAUGCAUUGUUAUCUACAGGAAAAAGAGAUAUUUCACUCAACGACUCACCUGGAAAAAAUGUCUGCUCUUGUUGCUGCUCUGACCCAUGACCUUGACCACCCAGGUGUCAACAAUACAUUUCUUAUAGCCACCUCCAACCAUCUGGCCACAUUAUAUCAGAAUAGUUCAGUGUUAGAAAAUCACCAUUGGAGGUCGGCAGCUGCUCUGCUCAAGGAGACGGGUCUACUAUCACAUUUAUCAUCUGAACAAAGUCAUUGUUUCCUUCAACAAGUGAAAAUGUUAAUCUUAGCCACAGAUAUAACAAGGCAGCAAGAAUUUGUGCUCAAAUUUUCAAAUUACAUUGAGAAGGGAGAAUUACACUACAAACAAAAUGUUCAACACAGACAUUUUAUGCUACAGAUGGCGCUGAAGUGUGCUGACAUCUCAAAUCCAUGCAGACCAUGGGAGAUAAGCCAGAGGUGGAGUAGGAAGAUUUGUCAGGAGUUUUUCUUACAAGGUGAUACAGAAAGAGCUUUGAAUGUGGAUGUGACACCAGUUUGUGAUCGCUAUGGUAACACUGUACCUAACAUACAACAUGGGUUUAUGCAGUUUGUUGUUAGCCCAUUGUUUAAAGUGUGGGACAAAUUUCUUGGCACAGAGCUCUCAGCACUGAUGCUUCAUCACCUCAGCCACAACCAGGCCCAGUGGAAGGCCAAGAUUGACGCCGGGGACUCUGAUACAGAAGAUGCUGAUCUGCCAGACUUAGCUGCCCUUAAGUUUGCUCAGGAGAAGGUGCAGAAGACUUGCCCGGUGUCCAUUGAGCUGAGCCAUGAGGAGGAUUACGAUGGGAUCAGUGAGGAGGAUGACGUGGUGGAGAACACAGUCAACCUGAUGUACCACUACCAGCCAGAGGACACGCUCCGCUGCUUCUCUCCCCUCAUCCAGGACACCCACCUUGAACCAUCCAACAGGAGGUUCAGUCUUCCUUACGUCCGCAAGGAUUUAAGCUUCUACCUCGGGCUCAACAAAGAGACGGGCAACAUCAAAGAUGAACUACUCCGGCGCCAGAGUCUUCCAACAGCCAGCUUGUACUUUGACGGGAACUGCAUAGUGGUCAACGCCAGCCCUCGCAGUCUCUCCAUGGACGCCCUGUUCUCCCGGCCCAAAAUCAGCAACCUCAGCCCCAACAUGGAAGCAAGUUUCCUGUGUCUGCCCCUGUUCACGUCCCUCCAGAAGCAGACGUUGAUGCUGCAGGGCGGUUCUUUCACCCGGUUCACCUCCAACCCGUCCUCCCGGCGCGAGAGCUACGACCAGACCAAGCUGACCGCCAACACAUACAGCUCUGACUUAAAGCCUGACGCUAAUGAGUUCCAUGUGGGGCUUGCCUCCAGCUGGCCAGUGAUAACAAGCAAAGGCCCCAGGUCCUCGUCACCCAGUCACCUCCAGCAGUCCGAUGUUGCCAGUAGUAUAAUUAUAACUCAUCACCUCAACGCUCCUCAGUGCUGACCACUCAUGUACCUGUAUUGAGCCAAGGUACCACUGGUCUAACCUUCUGUUCACUUGUAUCAGUCAAGAAUUGAACUACGAUCUCAUUCACUAUUGAUGAUCUCACCAGUAAUGAUCACAAACAAUACAUUGUUGAUGAUGGGGAAUGUUAUCAAAUAUUUUUACUGUUAAGAACUACUUGACUGCAAUUAGUUCAACUUGGUCCAGUCUAUUUUUUCUGAGAGCUUUUACAGCGCUGAAGCUUUACAAGAAAACAGGUGGUCUCAAUGUCUGGUGGAGGGAAAAAUGUGACCAUUCUGGCCAGUAAUUGUCUUAUGUAACUUACCUAAGGUAAUUUUAGGUCACCUGGGUUGACCGAAUUGGUCAUGUAAAACAAAAGGUGCAGAAACUCACUACCACAGAAUAUUGAUCCAAGAUUUCAGGUAAUGAUCGCAAAAAUCCAGUAUUGAACUAAGCUCUUAUAUGAUGAUCACAACUAUGAUCUUUAGCAGUGAUCACACAAUCAAGUAUUGAUUUAUGAUCUCCAUCUAUGAUCACUGAUCUCUUGCAUAUGAUCCAAGCUACUUUGUCUUUCAUUAGCAAAGUUUAGAAAUUAAUAUAAUUUGCAUAAUUAUCUGUAAAGAAAAGAUUUUUUUAAAUUCCAGAAUUAACAGUCCUGCAAAUAUUAGAUUGAUAGCAAAAUAAACAACUGAAUAUAUUUUUUUACCUACUUAAGACAGUGUUUCUUAGCCGUGUUGGGGUGCGGAACCCCACCAGUUUCAUAUGCGCAUUCACCAAACUUCUCUUAAUAGUUAUAUCAUCCACACUGACAAAAUCCUAUAGUGAAUCAUAAGAGUUUGGUGUGUGUAGUGACCUCCGCCGAACCCCUGGGGUUUGAUUUAACCCAGGUUAAGAACCACUGACUUAAGGCACUGUGUAACAACACUACUUAAAGUAGUUGCGCUGUAUAAACAAGGGAUGGUGUUAGAUACUCAAACACAGAGGUUCAUCCAGUACUCUGCUGUGUAAUUAAAACACUAUGGUCAAGCUUUCAGUUGUGAUGGUUUUUUUAUUUUGUUACAAUGAGCAAGUUCCAAAAUUAUUUUUAAUUUUAUGUAUUUAUGUACAUACUAUAAUCCAUUGUUUUAUUUAUAUAUAUAUAUAUAUAUAUAUAUAUAUAAAUAUGUCAUCAUACUCAUUUCAACCUGCUUUGUCACUUUUGGUGGUUUUUGAGUUAAGGAGUUUUAAAAAGCAUAGCUCACAAUAUCUUCUAUAUUUUGAAACAAAUUCAUUAACUAAUUAGAAAACAGGUUUGUUAAAAUUUAUUUUAGAAAUGACAUACAAUAAUUGUAUGCUUAUCUAAAUUAAUUUCCAUUAUAGGACACAAAUUAUUUGUAAUACCGUUUUUACACUUGCGACUUAUAUUUAUAUAAUAUAUUUGUCCAGGAAAAAAAGUGCAUGUUACAUGAAACCUUUUUCUCCAUGGAUCAUAUAUCCCAAGUUGCUGUGAGGUUUUUUCUAGACAUGUGUAGUAUACAUAUCAUAAGUGUAAAUGUGGUACAAGACAACAGAUGUCAUGUCCCAUGUGCAAAAGCAUUAUUCAACAAGACAACAUUCGCCUAUUUCAGAACCUGAGUGUUCUUACUCUGUAUGUAUGGCAUGCCUGGUGUACAAAAUCUUUGAUCUCAAACACUUCUUCCAAAAGCUUCUUCUGCUGUUUUAACUGUAUUAUAUUUUAUUACUUUGCUCUGCUAAACAGUAUUGAAUUUUUAUUUAACUUUCAGUUUACCUGUUAAAGGAUCAUAUUUUAUUUAAUCACUAAUCCAUGAAUGGUUGGGGGGUGUAUGACUGGUGUAACAUACUUUUUUUAAUAUUAAAAAUGUAUGAUAGCUAUUGUAACUAUCUAGUCCUAUUAACAGAAUCCAAUGGUUUCUAUGGCUUAAAAUCACUAAUCCAUCUGUUGUGUAUGAAGCAUCAAUAUGUACUUAAAUGACCCAUGUUUUAUUAGCAGUCAGGGAUGUGUUUAUAUUGUCCUUUAAAAUUAUUUGUACAAGUGGUCAUGCUCAAGCUGUACUGGCAUAAUAAUAUAAACAUUGUCAUCUAAAUGCAUGUUACUGUUAUUUAAACAUUUUGAUGUACAGGCUGUCUUUAAUUUAUUGAUAAAUUAAAUAUUUACA